UGAUCUUCUUACGAAGUGUUUCAGUUGUUUUGUCACCAGAUUCCCGAAUUCACUGGAAGCCAAGCGUAACUGCCUGACACCCUUAACAUCACAAUACAUCCCCAAUAUCGAACACAAGUCUCAGUACCUUCCCGUACCGAUCACACACUUCGUCUUACAGUACUUCGCCUAUUGGACAUACCACUCCUCUAUCCGUCAACGUCCAAUCAGAAGGACAACAUCCACACCCUUGUCACAUCAAGUAGAGCUCAUUCCCCUUCCCGGCUGUCGCACCUAGAGAUACUGCUAGCUCUCCACCAAAUACAAGUCUCAUUUCCGUCAAACAUCCUAGUGGGCACAGUUCACGAUGUGUCGAAUUGACGAGAGGGUCUAUGUCCGGACAGAUGGACAUCGGUCUGUCUUCCAAGACAAGACCUUGUGCGAGAAAGGACGUCGACAUGGGAAGAUGUGCUCCGAUCCGAAGGUACGCAGGACAGAGUACCAAGAUCCCACGUCGUCGCCCAUGGCAAGCAGCCCAGUCACACCUUCUUACAAUACCCGAACGCGUCGGCCAUCAGUCUCAAGUCGCCCAUCCACUAGAGAUGGACCGAUAGAGUCCCUCAAGCCUGGGAUCCACAUUGAGAUUGGUGCAAAGAAGGGUAAAGGCAAGAGCUACUUGCCCACCGUGUCCAUAACGACAGGAAAAACCAAACGCACAUCCACGGGCUCUGCUUCUGGCUCGGACGCGUCUCACACUGUGCGGACUGGUUAUCCUGAUAUCUCACCCCCUCCACUCGACUCAAACCAUGGUAGACUCCACCCUAGCUUCGGUCAACAGUGGAAUCCAUCUUCAGACGAGUCCUUUGUAGGCUCCAGCCGCGUUCCAUCUCUCUACGACUACGACUCGCCCAGCCUGGUCACUGCAACGACUGGUACCUCGAGUGGUAACCAUCCCAUCAUCCAUAAUGGCGCACGUCGGGCUCCAACACAGACCGACACCACACGUGGCCACACUGCCAGCCCUGCUAGCCCGUACCAUACUACCGAGUUCGUACCGAGUGCUACAUUCCAGGACACCUCCGCUCGCACUGAGCGCGACCAACGCCAUGCUUCAUCCUACGCCCCCGAAAUCACCGGUCGCGAUGAAGACAGGCAACGACGUCGUGACGAGAACAAGAGACGACAAGAGGCUCUUGAUCGCGAGGUUGCCGCUAACCUGGUGCGGGAGGAAAACCUCAAAAAGGUUCGCUUCGAAACGGAUCGUCCUAAGCAUCGAGCUGACGAGCGAGCACAGAACAACUUUGCUGCGCAUGAGCAACGUCGGACUGAUGACCGCGAACGCCUCCGCCAGCAGAAGAAGGAGCAAGAGGCACGUGCAGCCAAGGAAGCCGCAGCCAAAGAAGCCGCAGCUAGAGAGGCUGCAGCUAGAGAGGCUGCAGCAAAGCGAUCGAAGACAUCGGCAACAAAGCCACGUAGAGGCUCUGUGCAGAUGACUGCUUCCCAAGCAGCGGAGCAACAGCACCUCGUCAAAGCAGAGGUCAUUCAGAUGCAACAAGAGCGCCUCAAAGCCGAAGCCAUCGAGCGCGAAGAGCAAAGACAACACCAAGCCCUCCUCCAACAACAACGUCAACCCCCCUCGCUCCAAGAACGCCAGCUCGACCCCGGCUACUACGACCCGCGUGCCGGCAGACCAACUCCACCCACCACCCAACCCCCCAUAAUCCGCCGCCCCAGCCAGUCCAACCAACCGCGCCCCGACAUUCCCCGCCGCCUCAGCACCCACAACGCGCUCGCCCCGCAACCGCGCACAGAGCGCCGCCAAGCCCCCCUCGCCUACUACAACAACACCACCGCCCUGCCUCAGGCGCGCGAGCACCGCCCCUCCUCCUCGCACGCCAACAACCCCUUCGCUGCCCCCGCGCCCGCGCCCGCAGACCCCUGGGACGUCCGCAAUGUGCGCUCUGCGCUGCCCAACGCCCGUGGACCCCAGCUGGGACACAAUUUCCCGGCGCAGCAGGCGACGCAUAGGAUGAAUCAGGCGUUUUACCAGGGCGAGUACGAGACGGAUUCGGAGGACGAGGUGAGGGGUAAGAGGCGGUAGGCGGGUUGUUUGCUGAUGGAAUUUCCUUGCUGUCACUGCACCGGGGAUGCGCCGCGGCGUUAUCUACUGUACUGGUUUUUGUGUCUGGUCAGUUGCAUUGGUGUCCUGUCUGCGUGCGCUGCUUUUGAAGACUUUCGUUACUGGAGAUUUUGUUGUUGAAGACUCUCGUUGGUGCGCGAUAUAGACAUACCCUUACUUCACUGUUGUGCGCGUAUAUAGAUA